GCCAGGCCUCUUCACCCUCUCAGAGCCGCUGCAUGUGCUUGUGGAGCACGUUACAGUAGUCAUGCUGAGGCGCAAGGGCGAAGCUUCGCCCUUUCAUCCCCGCAGAACAUUGGCAUGUAGUCUGGAGCACUUUACAGCGGUUACAUGAAGGCGCGAGGGCAAAGCCACGGCCUUGCACCCCCGCAGAACAGGAGCACGUGCUGUCUGCAGCACUUUAACGGCAUUCAGGCAAAGGCCCGCGGGUGAGGCCAUUCCCUUUCGCCCCAACAGCACAGCGGCAUGUGCCGUCUGGCGCACUUUACGGCAGUCAACGCGAAGGCGCCAGGGUGAAACCACGCCCUUUCAUUCCGACAGAACACCGGCACGUGCUGUCGGCGCACUUUGUGGCAGCCACGCGAAGGCUCGAGGUCGCAAGCGUGUGCCCAGUCAGGGUCGGCUGCGGGUACUGGGCUUUGCGCUCUAUUUCGCUGUGGUCUGGCUGUUGGUCCGUAGGCACGCCUACGGCUAUUCCAUCAUGGCGAGGAUGGCGGUACUGUGGCGGAAGAUGAGAGAUAACUUCCAGAGCAAGGAGUUCCGGGAAUACGUGAGCAGCACUCACUUCUGGGGUCCCGCGUUCAACUGGGGCCUUCCGCUGGCUGCCUUUAAAGAUAUGAAGGCGUCGCCAGAGAUCAUCAGUGGCCGCAUGACAACAGCGCUCAUCUUGUACUCGGCGAUCUUCAUGCGCUUCGCCUACCUCGUACAGCCUCGAAACCUGCUGCUGAUGGCGUGCCACUGUACCAACGUGAUGGCGCAGAGUGUGCAGGCCAGUCGCUACCUACUCUACUACUACGGCGGCGGCGCCGAGGCUAAAGCCCGCGACCCUCAAGCCCGCGACCCUCUGGCUACCGCCGCCGCUGCCACCAGCCCGGGUUCCCAGCCCCCGAAACAAGCUUCUUAAGAACUGAGAGGGCCUGAUUUCAUCUCUGCAGGUCACAAGCACUGAACUGCCAUUCCUCCUGAAAAAAGACCGAUGAAGACUUCGGUUUUGACUCUAAAACAGUGCGAGUCUGACUUAAACCUGCAGUUUGAUUAAUAAAGAAAUACAAAGUAACAUUGAA